UUGACCUUUGCAUGUCUACAACCACUUCUGAUUUGACGUCUUUCCUGCCUGACCAGAAAAGGACCACGACACACGGCGUUCAGACAGGAGUCCGAAUAUUUGGGGGGGAAAAGUCCAUGCACACUUUCCAAAGUAUUCGUAGAGAAAUAAAUCCAACCGUUGCUAAUCGAAUUCUACUUCCAGAACAUUGAUGACGCCGCCAUCCAGGUUACAGUGAGGGUUGACAAAAACUUAACGUUAGCCUCCUAUAGUUUCAAACAGGGAGGAGGUGGGGAGUGGUGGCAUAGUUAAUGCCAAAAUAUCUUUGACAUAUAAACAUGAAAAAGACCGACAAGAAUAGGUGUAGCAUUGCCGUGUUUACGGCCAACCUGGCAAAGUAUCUUUCCUAAUUUAGCGAUACUGGACUCGAUGUUUCGCUGAAAAGCUUUGGAGGGAGAUGGCACAGGAGACCAAGCAGACGCAGGCGCCUGUGCUCUGUGCCAGCGGCUGUGGAUUCUAUGGAAACCCUCGGACCAACGGAAUGUGUUCUGUGUGCUAUAAAGACUGUUUGCAGAGACAGAACAACACUGCGAGGAUCAAUCCAUCUGAGUUGUCUGAUGGUUGCAGCGUAGCUUUGGAGAGCAGUACUGUAGCGGUUUCAUCAGCACAGUCUGCCACCACAGCGGAGCAGAGCAGUCAGAGCACUGAAGAUAUCGCCUUGCAGAGAGACGGAACAGGACUGCAAACAGAACCCCCGGGAGGAAAUGAAGACAACAAAAGUGAAAUGGCUCGGCGCUGGAUAACUCUGACCUCGCUUCUGAGCGCUCGCCUGACCAGCUCAAGCAGAAGAAGAGCCGCUGCUUUACCUGCCGCAAGAAAGUGGGCCUCACAGGUUUCGACUGCCGGUGUGGAAACGUGUUUUGCGGCACCCACCGGUACUCGGACGUCCACAACUGCAGCUUCGACUACAAGGCGGAGGCCGCAGAGAAGAUCAGGAAGGAGAACCCUGUUGUCGUCGGCGAAAAAAUCCACAAAAUCUGAAACUGCGGAGCAGCGCGUUUCUGGGCCGUUUCACCUUUUCCUUUAUCUUUUUAAAGACAGUUCUGCUUGUUUUAGUUUUGGGGUGCGAGGAGCCCUGGAAUCAUGCCGCCCGCAGGAGGACCCCGUUAGAGAGUUCCAGAGCUUCUUGCGCGCCUACACGACUUCACUUCCUCCUCAGUGUUGCGCUUCGUGAAACCUCAACACUUUAGGGCUUAUUGAGUUACUGCUCUAGCAUUUUGAUUGUAAUUACACAGGGAUUCGGAAGCAGGACUAUAAGACCAGCCUGGGUUCACAGCACAGUGCUCUCCAUGUCUGGGGCAAAGAGCUUUUUAUUUCAUACUUGGUCUCACACGCUUGAUCCUUCUCACAGUUCUGUGCCGUUAGGGAGUGUAUGAUCUCAUGCUGUGUGUGUGUGUGUGUGUGUGUGUGUGUGUGUGUGGGGGGGGGGGGGGGGGGGGUGAGGUCUGAUAGUUAUUUGUGCGUUCGAUUGUGUGUGAUGCGUGUGUGCCCUCGAGUGAUGUGCACAUACUGUAUGUGUGAGCUCGUUUUGGGUAAUGGGUAACGUCUAUGCACAACCAGUGAAUGGCACAGAUUAGUUGAGUGCACAAAGUGAAGUAUGACCUUAAAUUAAUUGUGCUGUAUUUAUAUUGGUUUAUUCACUGUCUUAACUUUAAUCUUGAAUAAAAUAUAAACUCAUUUUA